AACGGGAUUUCCCCUAUGUACUUGAGAAAAAAAAAGAGGAAAGAAGGACUCUCUUAUUUACCAGUCAGACCGGUGUGUUGCGUCAGUGAGGCGGUCGCGGUGGUCGUGGCAACAUCACACGGAACUUCACACCAACCUCCUCUACUCGCCUUAUCUCUCCGUCCUCCCAGGUCACCUAUACGUACAACAUUGCAAAGUCUCACCUGCACCAUGAGAACUUUCCUGCCUUUCUCGGUGUUGCUCCUGCUGGUGGUGGGCCUCUCCAUGAUCCAACAGUCACAAGGAAACCGUCCAAACUUUUCAAGAGAUCGUCCAGGAAAUCUCAACACGGUUCAGUUUGCAGGUGGAAGACCCGCCCCGAGACCCAGCACGGGUGCGCUCUCCGGGUUUGGCAGAGGCCCACCACCUCCCAUUUUCUUCGGUCCUCGCCCCCGUCCGCGUUGGCCGUGGGGUUAAUUGCGAGGAAAGACGACAAAGAGAGCAGUUUGACACCACGAAGUCGAGAUGGAAAAGCCCAAUUGACACCAGAAGUAACAUAGGGUAGAUGAAAACAAUACUACCGUGGUCAUGUGCGUGUAUAUGUACAUAUGUAUGCGAAAAGAUACUGUGAUCUAUUGUUAAGGUAAAAGGUUGAAAACUAUCCUAUUCGUGUGUGAUCUCACCUCACCUCAAUAAAUCCAUGUUAAGCA